AAAUUUUAAUUCCAUUUCUGAAAGAAUUUUGCCUGCAACUGCAAGCAUUCAGGAAGACGAACGAGAAACGGAGAUGAUACUGAACUCUGCAGCAGCCAUAGCUAAGGUUGUUCCGCUGCGGCCUCUAUUGAAACCAAUACGUGCCUCUUCCAACAUCAGCACAGAACAGCUACGCGAGGAACUCACUCACCUUCAUUCUGAAGCAGAGAGUACAAGAACCAAAGCAAACAAUGCGAGAUUGAGACUCUUGAGAUUGUCUGAGGCUGCUGAGAAGCUACGGCGGCAAGCAGCUAUUAGCGUACAAACAGGGAAGGAAGAUGACGCGAGAGAUCUACUUUUCCAGAAGAAGAAGGUAAUGCAAGCGUUGGAGAAGUCAAAGAGUCGAAUCAAGUUGUUGGAUGAACUGUCAGUAAAGCUUCAUGAGGCAAUAUACGUGAAAGAGAGUCAGCUAAUUGGGAAUAUUGGUUCAGAUUUGACAAUGGCCACAGAAGAUGUUUCGAGCCCUAUUCGCAUUGCCUCUUCGGAGCAGGAAGCUGCAGAAGAUUCAGAAGAAACUGAUUUUGAAUCUAAAGAUGUAAAUCUUCCUGAAUAUAAAGAUUUGCAGCCGAGUGCUGCAGAGGAUCAUGCAAGCAUAAUAGCUAGUGACCGAGAGCAAGAGGCCCCUCCAUGCUCUGAUUUAGGGAGUGAAAAUCAAAUGGUAAACAGUAUGAAGGGAGUAUCGUCUUAUGAGGACUUCAUGGAAAACCUGGACAAACAGCUAAGCAUAAUUGAAGAUGAACUUGAUGCUGUGCUGAGGGCUUCAACAGUCCUGUUAGAUGGUGAGGAUAAACAAAAAAAUUUAAGAGUACAGCAAAUAGUGGAACUUCAAGAUAGCAUCCGGCUUAUCAGAAAGAGAGUCUCAAGUUUCAAGUUGGCAAAUGCGAACAUUAGGUAGGUAAUACUUAGCUUUGGAGCACCUCUAUCUUGCGUAACUAUUGAAGUAUAAUUUUUGUAAACUUCUACUCAACAAUUUUCCCCCAGUUGUAAGUAAUAUAUCAGUAUUUGUUACAAGCC